AUGAUGAUGUGUUAUGAAGCACUUUCUAGCUCACAAUCAUCGCAAUUUAAUAGUCUCAAAGCAGAAGUUUUGAAAAUCUCUGAGCAGAUGAGUGAACUCAAAAAUGAAAAUUCAAUAUUAAAAGAGGAAAUUGGUACGUUAAAGUGGAAAAUUAAUAGCCUUGAAGAAAAAAGCCCCUCAACUAAUCUAUCUGUAAUUACUAACCUGGUUUUACAAGAACUUUUUGAACGUGACCGCUGUUCCUCCAACGUGAUUGCUCAUGGUGUGUCAGAGUCCACAUCUUUUUUGGUAGCCGAACGAACUGCAUAUGAUAAAUCCACAAUUUCUAAUAUUUGA